CUCGAAUUCAUCGCCCACACACACUCACACUCAACUUCUACGCGACAUGGCCAACGAGACACACUCUGAGAAAGGCCCCGAUAUACCCUUUUCGUUGGACGAGUACGAGGACCGUCUCGUACCCGAAUUCCGAAUGAAAGACCGCCUCGCGUUUUGGGAUGGCCCGAUCCGCGCCUUCUUGCGCGAACACGGAUACGUGCUGUACAGCAUGCGCUCAUUUCCAGAAUACGAUGUGGACAGCCUCAUGUACCCGGCUCUGGAAACGCCUGAGGGGCCGGACGAUGACGGAGCCACCUACGCGCUGAUGGACCUGGACUCUCCUGAGCGGGAGAUGCCCGAUCCUGGAGAUGAGUCGUAUCUCUCCUUGCGUCGCAGGUCAUAUGCGCGCGAAGCUCGGGGUCGAGCCGCCUUUGCACAAAGUGAGGCUCGUCCGGACCGACAUUUCGCUAUCAAGCUGGUCCGAGCCGAAAGCGUCGAAAUCCACACCAUCAAGCUGAUAUACGAAGCUUCAAAGGAGAAGCCCGUCCGGGGCCUCAUCCCUGUGAUCGAAAUCAUCCCAUUUCGCGGUCACUGGCUUGUGGUUAUGCCGAGGUGGGGAGAAAACAUCAUGCUCCCAUUCCCGACUCUCGUUGGGCAGGUCCUGGACUCCAUCGAAGAUCUGUUAGAGGGUCUCGGAUUCCUCCACAGUCAUAACAUCGUGCAUAGGGAUCAUUCUGCCAAAAAUCUCGUAGUGAAUCAUGUCCCCGUCCUCACGUAUGAGGAUCUGAGAGAGGUGCCGCCCACCCGACAGGCGGCGAGAGAUGCGGGCGUUCUCCGGCACGCCAUAUAGAGUACGACUUCGACAUGGCGUUGGUGCUCGAUGGUGUUCCCUCGGCUCGGCUGCCGUGGAGGGAGUUCUACCGCGGCCCGGGCAAACGCACGCAUGAUGUCAGGCAAGGGGAAUACGACUUCGAUCCCUUUGCCGCGGACAUGUGUAUUCUGGGUACGACUCUCAGUGAUUUCUUGCGAGCGAGUAUUCUAUCCUCUCACUGUAUCCCCACUCACCGUUUCCUCAGUCUUACGUUCCUUUCGUGCCGAUCUUGGCACCGCUGCUCGACGGCUUGCUUCACUGCAUAUACCGCUCUGGAACGUCAGUCAUUGCCUGCCGAAGACUGCGUGCCCGAACCGGCGAGGGAUCUAUGGCAAGGCUUGCAGUCCGAAUUCGUUGCGAGAUGGGGAUAUCUUCGCGCACCUCCUGAGCCAUGGACCAGGACGACCCUUCGCAGGCUGUGUCGCAACCAGUUUCUGGCGCGACCACUCCAUGCGGCAGAUAGGUCGGACCACAGUCAAAACCGUAUUCAUUUGUGCAAAGAGUACUUUUAGUAUUCCUGCUAUCAAUUGACGCCUUUCAACCAGUGUCUCUCCAGCCCUGGAGGUGAAAAUCGAGCUGUCAGAAAUAUGUAU